AUGCAUAAAUCAAUUAUAUUUCUAAAAUAGCGCCUUCCGAUAUAAAAACGGCGAGAUCAGUUAGACUUUGUGUUAUAGUGCUCAACUCAGUUCAACUCAACGGAUGUGUAUUUUGUGCGGUGAAAUUCAAUAGUAAACUAAGAUGAGGACAGCAACGGUUCUUUCCUUAGCUGCAAUUACCUUGUUGUUGUGCGUUGCUCAAAAUAACGCCAGCAUUGUGCCCGUGACGGGCGUACAUCGAUUACCUUAUGUGGUGAGUGCACCAACUGUCUUGACGGUAGUUCGACCAGAAGAUGAUGGACAAUACAAACCAGUGCCUGGUUUAGAGGGUGAAUAUGUGCCGAGCAUCGAGGAUGCAGGCAUAACCAAUGUCAUCAGCACAGGAGUAUUGACCAACGGUGUUGUUGGAGGAGCUGUAGUCAGCUCUACUGGUGGUCUCGUAGCAGUUGAUGGAUCUGCAAGUGUCGUUGGUUUAGCAACUACUGGUGUAGUACCAAGUGCUGUUGGCUUAGCAACUACUGGUGUAGUGCCAAGUGCUGUUGGCGUAGCAACUACUGGUAUAGUGGUGCCAAGUGCUGUUGGCGUAGCAACUACUGCUGUAUUACCAGGUGCUGUUGGCUUAGCAACUACUGGUGGUUUAGCAACUACUAUUGGAUCUGUGAAUGCUGUUGGAAUAACAAGUGUUGUUGAGCCAAGUGCGACACAUUCUACAGCAGCGAUAGCAGCUGGUGGUGGUGCUGGUGCUGGUGCAGACGUAGGAGCUGUUGUCUCCGGCAGUGAAGGAUCAAGUGACGGCUCUGAUGGAAGUAUCAAUGGCGCAAUUGGAGAUGCAGGCGCUGCAGGUCACGCAGUAGUCGAAGGUAUUUCUGCUGGUGCUGACUCCGGAGAUGGCAGUGGUACUGGUGGUGGAGCUGUAGCUGGAAUUAGCUUAAAUGUGAUUGAAGGAAACGCUGGAAAGAGUGCGAUUGCAGCUGGAGUACUUAGUGAUGGAAGUGGUGCUCCUAGCGCUAUUGGAGUUGAAGGACUAGGUGGCGCUGGUAGCGCUGUUGGAGUCGAAGGACUAGGUGGUUCUGUUGGUGCCAUAGGAACUGAGGGAAUAGGUGGUGCCGGUGGUGUUGGUAGCCCGAUUGUAGUUGAAGAACUAGGUGGCAGCGAUGGUGCCGGUGGAGCUAGUGGUGCUAUUGGAGUUGGAGGACUAGGUGGCGCAGGUGGAGCUAGUGGCGCUAUUGGAGUUGCGGGACUAGGUGGUGCUGGUGGCGCUAUUAGAGUUGAAGGACUAGGUGGACCUUAUAUUAUUGUUGGCGGUGGAUCUGGUGGCGGUGGUGGUGGUGGUGCUGGUGGUCUCUUAGGCGCUGGCGGUGGUGGUGGCGGAGGUGGAUCUAGCGGUAUUGGUGGAGUCGGUGGUCUUGCAAUAGCUGGCGGUGCCGGUGGCGGUGGUGGUGGCGCUGGAGGUCUCUUAGGCGCCGGAGGUGGUGGUGGUGGAGGUGGAUCUGGCGGUCUCUUAGGUGAUGGAGCUGGUGGCGGCGGCGGUGGUGCUGGUGGUCUAUUAGGCGCUGGAGGUGGUGGUGGUGCCGGUGGAGCUAGCGGUAUUGGUGGAAUCGGUGGUGCUGGUGGUCUUGCAAUAGCCGGUGGUGGUGCCGGUGGCGGCGGUGGUGGAGGUGGUAGCGGUCAUCUCGGUGCUGGGGGCGGUGGUGGCGGCGGCGCUGCUGGUGCUGGUGGUGGAGGCGGUGCUGGUGGCGCGGGUGGCGCUACUAGUAUUGAUGGUCGUGCUGGCAUUUCGGGUGCCAGUGGUGCAGACGCUUGGGGUGGUGGCGCCGGAGGAGCUGGUGGUCUUGGCGCACCCGCUUUACCUUGGCUACGUGUUCAUUAAGAAAGCUUCUGCUUAUAACUAUUAAAGUCCCUUAAUAAUGCUCAAAGUAAUGGAAAUGUGAUUAUUGAAUAUAUUAACAUUUUUUUAACUUCACUAGUUUUAGUCUAGUCGCCAUUUUCAUUCGUUUUCAUGUACUUGCAAGUGAAUAAAAAGAUUUCACAAUAAAAUUGUAAUUAAAUAUUUGGGUCAUCUAA